CAACAACACCGCUGCGUCCAGCUACACUCACAAGGGGGCCGGGGGAGGGAUUGCGGUGUCGGCGUCGGCUAGCCUGACAAUGUCCGAGGGCUGCGUGCUUGAGGGGAACGUGGCUGGGCCAGAGGACGUCGGGGCGUCGGACCCUUCUUGCUUGUCCGGUCAAGGCGGCGGGAUACACGUCUCCGGGUCGGCCAUCAGCCUGUCAGGCGUUUCUAUGAGGCGAAAUCGCUGCGAAACGGGGGCUCUCGACGCCGGCUGCUCGGGAGGCGCGGUCAGCCUCACCGGGCGGGGGCCUCAGGCGACGACUGCCGUGGCAGGCGACGACGACGGCAACAACAACAACGGAGGAGGGGCGACCUUCGACGACUGCCUCUUCGAGCGCAACGAGGCCAGGGGAGCGGCCACGAACAACGUCUACAGCGGAGCCGGCCAGGGCGGCGCCGCGGCGAUCCGCUUCGCCUUUCCCAGGUUCACCGGGUGCAACUUCACCGGCAACGUGGCCGAGGGGGGAGGUGGCGCAGCCCCGGCUACCGGCGGAGCGGUGCUGCUGUUCCUUUCCCGGGGAGGAGGAAGCUCCGCCGCCGCCGCCGCCGCCGCCGCCGCCGCCGCCGCCACCUCUGACGGCGGAAUGGAAACCCCUCCCCCGACGUUUGUGAGUGUUGGCUUCAGCCGGAGGGCUGUGGUCGGUCGGUCGGGCAUCCCCGGGCACGGGAUCGGAGGGGCUCUGGCCGCGAUUGCCUCUUCGCCUCUGCUCUCGGGCUGCUCGUUCUGGAACAACUCUGCCGUGGCGGUGUUCCCGUCAUCUUCUGGCGGAGGAGGGGGCGGGGGGAGCCCUGCGGUGUCGGGCGGGACCCCUUCCUUCGGAGGAGCUAUAAUGCUCACCAGCGAUUGCUGGGGGACUCGGUUGAGCGACUGCGCGUUGGGGAAUAACGCCGCGGUGAACGGGGUGGGCGGCGACCUCGCCGUGUUGGCAGCGCCGUCCAAGGGGCGCUCGUCCAUGCUCAAUUCGAUCACGGCGGCCACAGUGGCAUCACCACGCACCGCCAUUGGUCCGGAGCCCUCCAGUUCUGCCGGAAGCGCAUCACCGACCAUGGCCGCCGCCGCCGCAGCGCCGGUGGGGGCGGCGACAGCGGCAGCCGCAGGGGCACCGCCAGCACCCUCACGGGCUCCGGCCAUACCGGCAGCAGUCCACGGGGCCACCAACACCGCUGCCGCCUUUCAGCCGGUAUCAUCUCCGUUGGCGUCUUCCCGUCAGUUGCCACCCGGAGCAGCCGCCACAGCGACCGCCGUCCUGUCCGGCUGCAGCUUCCGCCCGGCCAGGCCCCAGAGCGACCCCGCCGUCCCCUGGGCGGACGGGAGGUCGGAGACGGCGGCUUCGCCGUUCCUGUUCGUGCUGGACGGGGGGACGGUAGAGCUAGUGUCCCCGGUGUUCGAGGCCGCGGGGCAGGCGUUCGUGGCGCAGGUCGAUCCGCCGGCCUUUCCCUCCGACAUGGAGAGCGAAAUCUCACAUCUGCGCAUCGUGGGCUCCGGCGGGCCCCAGACUACCGGCGCGCACGCCGCCUUCACGGGCUUCCUCCAAAACGACGGCGCCAACGGGCGCCGGACCCGAACCACCGCCCCCGGCGCGAAGCUAUCGGUCGUGUCAGUCGGCGGUCGCGUCUCGUUGGUAGACACCACCGGCGACGACGACCGAGGGGCUGGAACAAACGACGGGGAAGGUUUGACGAAGCCACCAGCGGCGGCGGCGGCGGCGGCGGCGGCGGCGGCGGCGGCGGCGGCGGUAGAUACGACUCCGUUCGCGCUGCGAGACUUAGCCUUGCUCGGGGCGGAGCUCUUCCUGGAGGGUGGCAACGGGGGUGAGCGGCAACAGCACCGAGGCCUCGCGGUGGAGAAUUCGGCAAGGUUCCGCACGGCCAACGUGUCCGCCGUUGUUUCCGGCGCCGCCGCCGGAAGUGGCCACGAUGAGGCCGCCGCCGGUCGGCGGCGAUGGGCGCGCGGUUCCCCCGCGGAUGCAGCAGUCGCGGGAGUCACCUUGGAGGCCCAGGGCGCGGCGAAGCUCGGUGAGGCUUGGGAGCCGAAGCCGUUCUUUCUGGGCACGUCGCUGUCGCAGCGCUUCCCUUUGCCAGAGUCGGCGGAGCUGGCCGGGGCGGGGGCGGAAGCCGUCGAAGGCGGUGGCCGGCACGCGGCGCGUAGCGGGGGCGGCGAGCGCGACGCGGACGACAGAGUGUCGUUUGACGGAGUUGUGGUGAAGUUGGCGGGGGAGUCCGAGGUACGAGGAGGCGUUUCCCUCGCCGAGACGGCGAUGGUGCAGGUGGCGCCGUCGGGAUCGCUCACCCUAACCGGGGACACCACGAUUCGCAGACAGACCUCGUCGUCGUCGUCGUCACCCCCCCCUCCAGCGGCGGCCGCGUCGCCUCCGCCCGCGGUGCGGAACGCUGGUGUUCUUUCCCUCCCCCGCGGGUUUUCCCUCACCAUCGCAGGCGGUGUGGAGCAGGGUCCCACCGGCGAAACCGCCAUUGUCCUCCCCGCCCCUCUCUACGCCCCCUCCCCCGCUGCCGGCGGUUGCCCCGAAGGAAGUGGUGAAGAAAAUUUCGGGGGGGAGAGUGCUGGGGGCCCCGGCAUAUGGUGCAUGGAAGGGGAGGGGUGGGGGGGUGCGACCGGACACCCGCUGGUGGUGGAGUCGGGGGCGACGAGGCUCGCCGGCGCGGUGAACGCCUCCGUGUCGCGUGGCGGCGGGGAAGACGAGAGGAUGAAGAUGAACCGAAAGUGGGCGAUCGUCCGCUUCGGCACCCUAGACGCCGCCCGGAACGUCGAUACGGGGUCCCUCUCGGUGCGCGGCCCUCCCGGGGUGUCGAUGGCGCUAGCGAUGCAGAACGUCACGCUAAAAGGAGGAGGCGGGGGAUGGCACGACCCCCCGCCGAUGCCGGCCCCCCUGCAGCCACGGGACCCCCCAAGUCUGCAGGAUGACGAAGAACACUUGCUGUUCGCAGGCAGUGGGCAGGGUGACGCGAAAUGGACGGAGAGGGAACUGCGUUAUGGCGACCUCGGUGAUCAGCGGUUGGAGUUAUUUCUCCAAGCGGUGUUCAUCGAGUGCCGGAGCAUGCUGCUUUAUGCUAACGUCACCACAGCAGGGGGGCCCUGCCAGGCGAGCAUGCCUUUUGAACAUGGAGUGCUCCUGGUGUGGAGGACAAGACGGCAUGGGGUGUGUGCCGGUGGAAGAGCGACCCGUAAAGCGGGGCGGCCGGAGGGGCGACGCUGCAUCGUCUUGUCAGACGGGCAGUUGUUGCCCGCUUGGCUGCAACGGCGUCGGCGAGUGCGACUUCUUUUCCGCGACUUGCUCUUGCCCCUGGCUAUACGCAGGGUCCUCCUGCGCCGAGGUUAGCACCAAAGGAGCCGUAGCGUUAUCGCUAUCGCUGUCCGCCCUCUUACUGGUGGUGCUCUCGCUCGCCUGCGGUCGCUCGAGCCAGCGGAAGCAGAUGGAGGCGGUGAUGGGCACGCUGCAGGAGCUC